GCGCGGCUUCUCGAUGGGGACGUUUUAACGCUUCACGUUACUCGCUAAGUUGAGAAGAGAGACAGGGCGCAGAGCGAGCGCACGGUGCGCGCAUAUAAAAAACGAAAGAAAAAAACGAUCGUUUGUUGGUGUGUUGUGCAUGUACGUUAGUUGGAGAAACGAGGAGAAAAUGUAGGAGCGAAAUGUAUAUAGAAAUUGAGUGAACGUAUACAUGUGACGAGAGGUAGGUACGGUGCAAUCGCCUAUCUGAUCUGCAAGUGCGAGCGGAGUACGUACGGUGUUGCGACGAAACGGCGGAAAAAAAACGGUGCAUGGUUCGAAGCAUGGUGAAUAUGGAGAGUUCGAGCGAGCAGCAUACCGUGACAGCUUCACCGCCGCCACGGGCUGCCCUGAAAAGCAACUUCAGCAUUCGUAGCAUCUUACCCGAAGCGUGUGCCGGGACCCCUGCGCCGUCGGUCAGCCAGUCGGAUUCUUCCGACAUCGGUCCCGCUGACGAUAGCGAUGAUUGUAGUGAUCUCGAUGUUACUGGUGGUGGCGCAGAAACGCCACCCUUGGAUUGUUCCACGAGUGCAACGUCCGUCAGUCCGACGAGUCAAAAGGACUCGAAAGAACAAGCGGAGGACAAGAAGAAGGCGGAGAAACCACCGUACAGCUACAACGCGCUAAUCAUGAUGGCCAUUCGACAAAGCCCCGAAAAGCGACUCACCUUGAACGGCAUUUACGAGUACAUAAUGCGCCACUUUCCAUACUACGAGAACAACAAGCAAGGGUGGCAGAAUUCCAUUCGGCACAAUCUAUCUCUGAACAAAUGUUUCGUCAAGGUACCUCGCCACUAUGACGAUCCUGGAAAGGGCAACUACUGGAUGCUGGACCCAAGCUCCGAGGACGUGUUCAUUGGGGGUGCCACGGGAAAACUCCGACGUAGAACUACAGCGGCUUCCAGAUCCCGACUGGCGGCUUUCAAAAGGAGCGUCGUACUCGGCGGUCUUUAUCCGACGCCUUACGCGCCGCCGGGAUGGCCGGGAUCGCUCUACGCUCUACCUUCGUCGCUUUGUCUUCAUCGCGCCGUUGCGGCGUAUCCUCCAGUCACCGCCGGAUCUUAUACCACCCCUGCCGGAUAUCCGGCCAGUUUGUUGCCUGGAGCGGCGACUACGUCGUCGCAAGCUACAAACUUGCCUUGCAAACCGCAGCCUCUGCCAGCGACGGCGGCACCCCCGACUCACGGAGCGUUCUCCGUCGAAAGAUUACUGCAAGCAGCACCUACUGGCUAUCCCGGCGGCAUCAGCAUUCCGACGUCCGGAAUCUCGCCUACGGGAAAUCCUUAUCAAGAUUUCUAUAGUACCCUAAGGUCUAUUACGAUACCACCGAUACCGGCGUCGAUAUUCCAUCAACAAUCCAGAUAUCACCUCGGUCAAACACCUCAAGUUCUAAGUCAACCUCCCUCUAGUACGGCUUCGCCCGGAAGCAGUCCGGAGCCAAUGGCUCCGCAUUCGCCGCCGGUUACCGUCUGCAAUUCUGUCCAGCCAUCGAGACCACUUCCUCACAGUCCGCCGCAGCUCCUUCUAAAACCCAUCACGGUUCUCACUGGCCGACAAAGCUGAAUCGCGAUAUAAUCGUAAUCGUUUCAAAAACGCCCAUCUUCAGGAAGUGCAGCACGAUCUCAUCUCCCUGCCGCGCAUGUAUAAAUUUCGUCAUUUCAUCAAAUUUUAUUUUAUAUAUGAAUGUAGCCAAUGAAACUUGAUGAAUUUAGCUGGACUAAAUUUCUUCUCAAGAUUUGUAAAUUUGUUUUUCUAUAUUAUAUUAACAGCGCGAUUUUAGCAACAAAGUUGCAGCUACAUGUGAAAUCUAUUUCUCCAAGAGGAAUUAAAAAUUGAUCGAUAUGUUAAAUAGUAUAGUAUUUAAAGUGUGAAAUCCUUUCGCGAUUUCAGUAUUCCCGAUGCGAAUACCAGCGAUUGUACUCAAUUUGUAUAAUUACGCUCGGUUUGUACUUGAAUUCGUCCCCGUUUGUACAUAUCUUUUCUCGUAUAUAUACAAUAUUAUGCUUCUCCUGUAAAUAUCAUAUCAAACGACAACAUUCGUUUAUUAACGAUAUUGUCGAUAGAACUUUACCAAAACAUGAACCUUGAAAUUGAAUCUCAGCGAAUUUCGAGAUAUUAAAGAAUACACAGAGUAUAAUGAGUAUGAGAAUGUAUAAAACUAUAUAAAUGUAAUUAUAUAGAUAGAAUUUUAUUUAUGAUCUCUUUUGGGUGAUCCUAACAUGUACAGCAUCGAUUAAGCGAUAAUUAUGUAUAGUCGGAUUUAUAUAUAGAUAGUCAUUCGCAGCUUGUUAUUAUUAUAAUGUGUACAUAAAAAUUAUUGUUGCUAAAGAUAUUACGAAUAUUAUACAUAUAUGUAUAUAGAGAUCAAUAAGGAUAAAUCCCUAUGAGAAACAUAUAUAUGAUGUCAGCAAAAUAAAUGUCUGAAAUUUUUUUAAAAA